CAACGGCUGUUUAUUAUUACGCGCGUCGUUUUUGAUAAAAAAAACAAUAAAAUUGGACAUUUAAGAUAUUUUAAAUAUUGGGAACAACUAACAGCAGAAUGUAUAUCAAGUCGGUGGUCAUAGAUGGCUUCAAGUCAUAUGGCCGGCGUACAGAAAUCCAUGGCUUUGAUCCCGAAUUCACCGCCAUCACCGGCCUCAAUGGUACAGGCAAAUCCAACAUCUUGGAUAGCAUUUGUUUUGUAUUGGGCAUCAUGAAUUUGGGCCAGGUCAGAGCUGCAUCGUUACAGGAUUUGGUCUAUAAGAGUGGCCAGGCCGGUAUAACCAAAGCAACAGUGACAUUAAUCUUUGACAACUCCAAUCCUGAACAAUGUCCGUUGGGCUAUGAAAAAUGCCGAGAGAUUUCGGUGACACGCCAAAUUGUGGUUGGUGGCAAAAAUAAGUACUUAAUCAAUGGCAAAUUGGUGCAGAAUAAAAAAGUUUCCGAUUUCUUUUGCUCAGUGCAGCUGAAUGUAAACAAUCCCAACUUUUUGAUAAUGCAGGGACGCAUUACCAAAGUAUUGAACAUGAAGCCGCAUGAGAUUUUAUCUAUGAUCGAAGAGGCAGCCGGCACUAGCAUGUACGAGACCAAGCGUGAGGCCACCACCAAGCUUAUGGAAAAGAAAGAUGCCAAAGUGCGCGAGACCAACACUUUGCUGCACGAAGAAGUAGAGCCAAAGCUCGAUAAAUUGCGACGUGAAAGAUCAGCCUAUAUGGACUUCCAAAAGAUAUGUCGUGACAUAGAAUAUCUUACUAGGAUUCACGUAUCAUACCGUUGGCUUAAACAUAAUGAAGCUCUUAAAUCCAUAGAGGCUAACAUAGAGAAGCUAAAUGCACGCAUAGAGGCAGCCAAACAAAACAUCAUUGACAAUGAUGCCGAGCGCGAAAGAAUAGCCGAGAGUACUAAGGAAUUGCAGCAGAAAAUUGAUACAGAAAGUGGGGGAGAGUUAAAGAAGAUCGAGGCUGAAUUAGAAGUUCAAUUGCAGCAUGAAAGCAAAUCUUCAGGCAAUCUGAAAGCGGGCCAGGGAGCUGUUGAUCAAGAAGAAAAAAAACUGAAGGCUUUAUUGAAGAGUAUAGCUGAUGAUGAGAAAAGUCUUAGGUCCAAAGAAGCGGAAAUGGCCAAGGUGAAGGAUCUAUUUCAAAGUCUGAAAGAGGCUGAUGAGCGGGAUGCUUUGGCUUAUGAAGCAGCCAAAAAGAAAUUUGAGGCCGUCUCCCAGGGUUUGUCUACAAAUGAAGAUGGCCAGGCAUCCUCGCUGCAGGAUCAGUUAAUGCAUGCCAAGCAAUCCAUGAGUAAAGCCGAGACAACAAUUAAAACUUCAGACAUGGAGUUGCGCCAUUGUCGUACGGUGCUAAAGCAAAAGGAAACCGAAACACAAUCCAAUGAUGCCGCUUACAACAAGGACAAAAAUCUGCUUGACAAUCUCACAGUAGAAACUCAAGGCAUAAAUCAAAAACUCCAAGCCAUUGAUUAUGAGGAUGGUGUUUUUGAAAGUUUGCAGGAACGCAAAAAUGCUUUGCAUCGCGAAAUGAGGCAGUUGCAGCAGCAAUUGGACCGUACCAAUGCCUGUCGCUUCGAUAUGCGUUAUCGUGACCCCGAGCCAGGAUUUGAUCGCAGCAAAGUUCGUGGAAUGGUGGGUAAAUUAUUUGAUGUCUUGGAUGAGCAAAAUUGUUUGGCUUUAAUGAUGACAGCUGGGGGCAGUUUGUAUAGCCAUGUUACAGAUGAUGAUGUCACCAGCAAAAAAAUCUUGCAGAAAGGCCAACUUCAACAGCGUGUAACAAUUAUACCCAUCAAUAAGAUAACAUCGCAUCCCAUAAGCCAGCAAGUAGUUGAAGCCGCCAAACGUAUUGGAGGCAAGGAGAAUGUGCAUUCAGCCAUGCAUCUUAUAAGGUUUGAUCCUUAUUAUGAACCUGUGAUGAAAUUUGUAUUUGGUCGUACUUUGAUAUGCCGAGAUUUGAACGUUGCCAAACAAGUCACUUAUCAUCGUGAUGUGCGCUGUCGUUCGGUUACCCUCGAGGGUGAUGUGGUGGAUCCCGAAGGUACUCUCUCCGGUGGCUCAAAACCAAAAGGCGGCAACAUUCUGCAAGAAUUGGCAGAAAUAAAACGUUUGGAGAGAGAGUUGGCAGAACGUAAACAAGAAAUGAUUCAAAUCGAUAAACAGUUGGCUAACGUGGAAAAUAAAGCCAGAUCUUAUAACAAACUAAAGGAAACUUUGGAACUCAGACAACAUGAAUUGAAUGCCUGCAAGCAGCGUUUGGCUCAAACCACUUUCCAACAAAACCAAGAGGAGAUUUUGUCCCUAAAGGAACGCAUCAAGUCAUUGGAAGAAGAUCUUAUCCAAGCCAGAGAAACUCAGAAGACCUCAAAGGCCAAAGCCAAAGAUAUUGAAGCUAAAUUGGCAGAUGCCAAAGGUUUCCGCGAACGCGAGUUAAAGGCCGCCACCGAAGAUAUGAAGAAAGCUAAAAUUCAAGCAGAAAAGUCCAGCAAUAACUGGAAGAAACACGAACAAGGCUAUGAGACAUUGCAAAUGGAAAUUGAGGCAUUGCAAAAGGACAUUGCCACAGCAAAAGAGCAAAGAUCCUCCAUCGAAUCCAACAUAGAAAGUCUUAAAGAAGGACUCGAGGAAAUGAGGGCUAAAAGUAAAGAUGCUGCUGGAGCUGUGGCUGAGCUAAGAAAGCGCAUCAAAGAACAAAAGGAUACGAUUAAUUCACAGAAUAAAGAGCUGAAAAAUAUGUACGUCAAAAGGGACAAAUUGGAGAAGCACAAUCAGGAACUAACUCUGGAAAUCAAGAAACGCGAGAAUGAAGUCAAUAAAGUUCGUUCAGAAAGCAAAGAUUCCAGCAAAAAGUUGGAGAAUCUCGAAAGCAAAUACCCUUGGAUAGGUGAGGACAAAGAGUUCUUUGGCACCAAAAAUACCCGCUAUGAUUAUUCCAAGGAGAAUCCUGUUGAGGCGGGCGAAAAACUGUCUUCAAUGAUUGAGCAAAAGGACAAAAUGGAGCGGCACAUUAAUCUCAAGGCUAUGGUGCUGUUGGAACGCGAAGAGGAACAAUAUCAAGAGACCAUGCGCCGUAAGAAAAUUGUCGAACAGGACAAGGAGAAAAUCAAGCACAUCAUAUGUAAAAUGGAUGAGAAAAAACGUGAAAAGGUCGAGAAAGCCUGGAAGGUGGUCGAUGAGAAUUUUAGCGGUAUUUUCAGCAGUUUGUUGCAAGGUGCCCAGGCUCGUUUGAAUCCCGUUAAGCAAAAUAAUCAAUUGAUGGGUUUGGAAAUUAAGGUGGGCUUUAAUGGUGUGUGGAAGGAAUCGCUGGGCGAGUUGUCUGGAGGGCAACGAUCAUUGGUGGCACUAUCAUUGGUUUUGGCUAUGUUGAAAUUCUCUCCUGCUCCCCUGUACAUUCUUGAUGAGGUUGAUGCCGCUUUGGAUAUGUCACACACACAAAAUAUUGGCAACAUGCUUAAGGCUCACUUUACGGCAUCUCAGUUUAUUAUAGUCUCCCUCAAAGAUGGCAUGUUCAACAAUGCCAAUGUUUUGUUCCGCACAAAAUUCGAAGAGGGUGUUUCGGCAGUUACACGAACAGUUAAUCCCAAGUUGGGUCGUAAAUGAAAGUGUUGUUUUUCUUGUAUUUCUUUUCCACUAGUUAUUAAUAAAAUAUGCUAUUUUAUAAUUA